ACACCAAUGAAUCAAGCCUCAACCCGAUCUCACUGCAUUUUCACUAUUCACCUCUCCAGCAAGGAACCUGGAUCUGCAAUUAUCCGACGCUCCAAGUUACACUUAGUAGAUCUUGCUGGAUCGGAGCGUGUUGCAAAGACUGGAGUUGGAGGUCAUUUAUUGACAGAAGCCAAAUAUAUCAACCUGUCGUUACAUUAUCUGGAACAGGUAAUAAUUGCCCUUGCAGAGAAAAACCGGUCCCACAUUCCUUACCGAAAUUCUAUGAUGACCUCAGUGCUAAGAGACAGCCUGGGAGGAAACUGCAUGACUACCAUGAUAGCAACGCUCUCUAUAGACAAGAGAAAUAUAGAUGAAUCUAUAUCAACCUGCAGAUUUGCACAGCGAGUUGCUCUUAUUAAGAAUGAAGCAAUUCUUAAUGAAGAAAUUGACCCCAGAUUGAUGAUUGUCCAGCUGAAAAAGGAGAUCCAGGAGUUGAAGGAUGAGCUGGCGCUGGUGACUGGCAAGCAAAGAACAUCAGAGCUUUCACAAGAAGAGCUGCUUCAGUUGGAUGAGUUAGUUGAAACAUUUCUCGAAGAUAAUGAUCCUGAUAGCACUCUGGAUGUUGGUGCUGACAUGCGCAAGAUCAAGUAUUGCUUCAUUCAUGUGAAGCAACUAGUGAAUCAUUCAAGGAUUUCUGAUAAAAAACUGCUCUCACAACACACCUCUGAAGAGAAAGACACUAACAAAGAAGCAGGAGAAGAAGAAUUGAAAAAACUGAAAGAACUUCUGCAGCAAAGAGACAAUGAAAUCAAUAUUCUGGUAAACAUGCUAAAAAAAGAAAAAAAGAAAGCACAAGAUGCUCUUUUCCAGCUUAAUGCAGCCUCUGCUGCUUCUGCAGUCUUGGAGCAGUCUCUUUCUACAAACUUAGAAGAAAGACGGAACCCAUCUAGCAGUUUUAGUCUGAAAGAGACAAAAGAUUUUAACUCUUCAGUUCACAGACUACCUUUUCUUUCCAGACAAACAG